CCAGUAAACAACAAAAACAGCCUAGGCCUAGUCGUUACUGCAAUGAUGAGUGCUUUAGCAUUUUUGUUCAGAAAACCUGUUCUUUCAUUAUGGUUAUUUUUAUUUUUGAUGAAUUUUCGUAAAUGUCUGUCUUCGAACUCAUUUCUUUACGAAAUCGCUAGUGAUUGUAUAGAACAAGAUAAAUACUACAAUUUCGCUGAAUUGCAAUGCAAAAGUUGCGAGGAGUUCACCGAAGCGACAGCCGAUAAACUUUCAUGUAAAUGUAAACCUGGUUACCGUCAAGAUGCUGAGGUAAUAACACCGACAUGUCUUCCGUGUCCAGAUGGAGAGAUUACAACAGACGACGGAUAUGAAUGCAUCCCUUGCAGUGCUGCCAACCCCAUAUCAGCCAAUAAUGAUGAGUGUACACCGUGUGAUGCCCAUCAAAUCCCAGAGGAGUAUGGGAAUGAUGGGAUAUUGUUACCGGAGAAGACAUGUACCGAUUGUUUACAGCUGUCGCAACCCAAUCCUGAGAAAACUGAAUGUACUCGAUGUGAUCCGUUUGUUAUCGCUGCUUCUGAUUCUUGUACCUGUAAUGGUGAAUCCGCUGGAGGUAUGUGUUUUCCAAGUGGAACUGAUUUGAUACCAAUUGCUGGAAAUAUAGGAUCAAUAAUUCCAUUGGAUGGCAAGUCAGGAGUCCCUUCAAUUUUCAUUAUAGACAAUUAUGCUGGUGCAGUGGAAGUAUGUGAGGAAUACGAGAAAUACAGCAAUCUAACAGCUUGUCAACUCUGGGGAAAUAUUUGUGUUAUGCAGAUGUAUGUUGUGUCUGGAGGCCAAUCACCAUGUGGAAAAUACAGAGAAUCCGUUGAAUCAUCAAGUUUUAAUGGAAUCAACGGUUGGAAAGAGAAUAUGCCCUGGUUGUACUAUACAGGAGAGGGAGAAAACAUCGCUACUGAUAUUGGCAUAGACGUUGUGUUUUCAGCUGGUGAUAACAACAAGCUUGAUGUGUUGGCGGCUAUGUACCGACCAAAUGGAACGUAUCUUGGUUUGGAGCCAACCACAGGUGGUGUUAUUCAGUUUUGUCAAGAUACGCCUCAAAGGAUGGAUGCUGCAUAUGAAUAUGGUCAGAACUUCAAAAGCAGUUGUACCAUCAAGGCUCAAGACUUUUGGGACAAAUAUGAAACAACUUUUUUUGAUUUAUAUUUGCAGUACAGAGAUAAUGAUGAUAUAUUGAAGUUGUUCCCAAUUCCACUACUCGUCACUAAUUAUGCAGAAGAUGGCAAGGAUAACUCAAAAACAACCCAGAAUGAUUGGCAAUUGACACGUCGCUUUUUCCUUGUUGACAAUGUUGCUGGAAAGACAACCAAAGAUAGUCCUGCUCAAUUAGUUCGAUAUGCAAAGAACAUUAUUCUGAAGGUUGUACUACAGAAUGAAGAUAAUGCUCCUAAGGAGGGCAAAAUUUACCCCCCUUUACUUAUUAUAACUUAUGCAGACCUGAAUUAUGAUACUGACUAUAGUACAAGUGAUGUUGAGGUUACUUUUGAGGUUUUGUAUGAAUUGGACCAAGGUGGCAACCAGGGAAGUAUGACACUGUCAGCUAUCAUUCUUGCAGUGCCUGCCCUUCUGUAUGCUGCCCUCAAGACAACUGCAUGGCGACGUAGAGCAGGCCGUUUAACCGUUGAUGUCCCGGCUUUCGUGAAGUUUUUUGCAUUUGCCUCUGGUUUGCUCGCUGAUAUGCUCUUUGUCAUUGUGUAUGGUUCAGCAUUAUUUUUAAUGGUCUUCUAUAAGAGACAAAGUGUAGUCAAACUUCUAUUACCAACCCCAGACCAAGAGGGACUUUUUGUCAUUUUCAUUAUAGGUGCAUUUGUUCUGAAGCUUCUGGAUCUAAUCCAUAUGGUUUAUACCCAGUGCACAUUUGACAUCUUUUUUAUUGAUUGGGAGAGACCAAAAGGUCAGACGAUCCAAGAUACCAAAGGGUCAGACGGCAAGGACACCACCAAUCCUGUCAGCAUUUGGCGGACGUAUUUUGUUGCCAACGAAUGGAAUGAAAUACAGACUAGCAGAAGAAGUAGUCCUUUAUUUCAGAUCUGCAGUGUUCUCUUCUUCCUAGAGGUCCUAGGCUUUAAGAAUAUUUGUACGUAUGAUAUUUACUCCUCCACUUCACCAGACACAUCUGAGUACAUUUCAGAAGACAGCAGAGUCCUUCGAUUUGCCAUGGCAACCACUCUCUACCUCGUCAUUGGCUCUUUUCAGUGGAUUUUCUUUACCUUUAUUUACGAGCGUUUUGUUGAGAACAGUUUGCAGAAUUUUGUAGACCUCUGCUCCAUGGCAAAUAUCAGCAUUUUUGUACUUGCAAACCACAAGUACGGUUACUACAUCCACGGACGUUCUGUGCAUGGCUUUGCCGAUACUAGUAUGAAACACAUGAGGGAACAACUAAAACGAGAAGAGGAUAAUCUGUGUGGUCAGCGUGGCUUGCUACCAAACUCAGAAGAACAGACGUUUGAGAUGCAGCUCCCAGAGAGGAUGAGAGAGCAGUAUGACCGCAUCUUGCUGCCGUUGGCAAAUGCACAAGGUAGAAUUGAAGCUACAAGAGGGCGGCCUGGCGGUGGUGGAGAUAAUGAACGAUUUAACGAAGCUUAUGUCAGCAUGAAUAAAUUCUUGUCAGCAUUCAUUGACCAUGGUUUGAGAGACAUUGACUAUCAAGUGAAGGAUAAAUUAUUGCUGGAGCGUAUUCUGGAUAUGGAGUUUUCAGAUUCGGCAGACCAGGGAUUCCUUUACAAUGAUGACGGACAUUCGUUUGAUCGUGUGAUUUUUGCGGGAAACGAGAUCACCCUGCUGUUGUUUGAAGUUCUUCUUUUCUGCUUUGUGGAUCUCAUAUCUAAAAACUUUGUUUUAGCAGCAAUUGUCACAUUUCUUUUCAUGAGGUUCAUCAAGUCAUUUCGUGACAGCUUCGGACGUAGCAACCUUGCCAAAAAGACGUUAGUAGAUGAGCGUUUCCUAAUUUAAUUCAGAUUAAGUGGCCUCAACUUAUGUUUUUGGCAUCAAGCAAUCAUUUGCAGGGUAAUUCAUCAACUGCAAUAACAUCAUGUUUAUGUUCUCUGAAGUACUGUCUUAUUAGAUUACAAAACAUUCUAACAUUUUGCCUUGAAAAUAUUUUAAACUUUUAGAUAAAAUGUUUGUAAUAAUUUGUCCAAAUUAAAUUUUCUAUGACAAAUAUAUGACUUAUCCCUUUAUGGGCAUGACAGUAUCGUAUCACACGAUAGUGUAGACAAAGUAAUAUAACUUAAGAUUUUUGUAAAAUACUUGUAUAAUUUAUCACCUUGAAUAAACCAUACUUCCAAUGGUUUUGUUUUAAAUUGAAUUUUUGUAAAGUAACUGGUGCCAAUGUAAGCAAACAUGGUUAAUACCAGAGCCUGUAGCCAGCGUCCAAGGUGUUGGACUUCGAAUCGAGAUUGUGAGACGCUCGUCGCAUUGCUUGUGUCCAUGGGCAAGGCAAUUUAUUUACGUUGCCUCUCUCCACCCAGGAGUAUAAAUGGGUACCUGGUAGGAUGAUAUGGCAUUGAAUGUAUGAGUCAUGCACGUUCAAGCAGCAAUGACCAGGGAUACUCCCCAGUGAGCAGAGAAAGUUGAACAACGUGCGGAUUUGCCAAUCCAGUGACCAGGAAAUAAUGAUUUCACCUUGUAAAAUCUGUGGAUUUUGAAAAGCGCUAUAUAAAUUAUCUGGCCAACCGUUGAGGUUUCUGUGGAAAAUUUAUUAGUAUCAUUUUCUAAGCCAGAGAGAGCUAGUCAGAGUGCUAUUUGUUAGCAUCUGGAGAUGA